UCACUGAAGUCUGAAGUUAACUAAGUAGUACAUGUAAUUUUUAUAUUUCAUUAUAAAUUACAUUUCAAAACAGCUUAGUUCUGUUUUUUCAAAUGUUGUGCUUAACUCUUUUUAUAAGAAAUUGCAUUUUCAUCAUGUGCCAACAAGUGUAGUCGGUGUAGUAUACAGGAACCGCUCAUUUUUUUUUAUGCACAGUCAGCUUCUGAAUUCCAACCUCAAACUGAUUGGUAAACAGUAGAUUAUGUGGACUUAAUUUACCUCUGACUAAAUCAUCAUCACAUCAUCAUGGGAUGAUUAUGCUGAAAAGAGACUCUGCUGUAUUGCUCAUGAUUUACCAACCACCCCUUUAGUGAAUUGCCAAGUUUUUUGAGCCAUUUGUGAAGAUGGAAAACUCGGACGAGAAAAGUUUCUUGGAGCUUCGUACUCAGCAGUUGGGUUUCAGACCACAAAAGGAAAUUCCAUUUAACAAAUAUCUUCCGUACGCUGAUGAAUUGGAUGCUGAAUCUGAACAAUACUUGGCUGAAAUCAAAGCAAAUCUAGCAAGGGCUAUCAUGCUAAGAGAAAUGGAACCUGGCAUUGACAUUUGGAGUUUUCGACUGGAAAAGUACAUUGGAUUGUACGGGUUCAAAUUUUCUAAGGAAGACCACGUUGCUUUCAUCAAAGUUUUUUACGAACUGCUAAUGAUCCCUGAUCUAGAACAUGCAUAUAUCCAGACAUUUUGCAAAACACUUAUCUUACUUCUGAAGAAACCUAAACUGAUUUCACCGGAUGACUUAGUGCUACCAUGGAAACCAUUAUACGAUUUGUGUGAACGAUUGCUGUCUAACAGUGCUGUUAUUGUUGGGAUGUACCGCUACCUGUCUGUCCAGCAACGUCGGACCCUACGUAGUGUAAAGCAAUUAUUAGGCGAAUUAGUACAGUUUACCGGUCCCAAGACCUUGGAAGGAUAUCUGACAGAACUCGUGUACAUGGCUGCCCUGUAUUUUCCACCUGAAGCAACUCAAGAGAUGUUGGAUCUGUGGAGACCGAAGCUUUGUCCCUUUGAUGGUGACAGUAUCACCGAUACAAUCGAAUAUUGUGAAUGGUUCUUACCAACAAUGCUUCGUCCAGAUCAAUCACAUCUCGGGUACAAGUUGUGGUUCCACGAGUUUAUGAAUCUCUGGGAUCGCUGCAACAAUUCCCUGAAAUGGGACCAAGAAAUGAUGUCUCUAAUGACCGGUUUAGCUGAGAACAAUAUUGGUUACAUAGAUUGGGAGCCAUAUAUACCAACGAUGUUUACACGGUUCUUACGAUCACUCCAUUUACCGGUGUAUUAUAGGCAGGUGACCACUGGAAGGUAUCCUAACAUUAGCAUGGAUUUGAUAGCAAGAUGGAUUGUCAGUGUUCUGGGUGGUGGUAGCAGUGCUCAAACUUAUUUGAAUCAGUUAAUGAAAGCCUUAGAAUCUUAUUUUCACCCCGCUAAUUUUGGCCGAUGGAUUCGAAACUUGAAAGAAUUUGUAAAAGUGUUACCCUCAUGUUUCAUCAAAAGACUGCACCGGGAAAGAAUCAAGAAGCCUACGUGGGAAACACCUAUUCCAGAUUCACAUAAACUGACGGAAGAAGAUAUAACAAAUUUUGUUGAGUCUUUGAAACCAACAGUUUUAAGAGCUAUGUUUUCAAAAAUGAACAUGAGUGAUGUCAGCAGUGCUGUGAAACAUUUGUCAAUAUUACGACCUGAAUUAAUUGUACCUGCAGUUAUUGACAGAUUUUAUGCAACAAUAGAUUCUUUGACUGAGCCCCACAAAUUCACUGCCGCAAUGAAUGGAGUAGCAGCUGUGGCAAGGCAGCUUGUAACUGGAGGAGAAGGUGCCUAUCCGCAGGGUCCAACGCAUGUGGUCCCAAUUUUGUUCGCAACACUCCCCGGAAUUGAUCCGAAUGAUGUUAAGAAGAGUUUCUUCACUUUUCAGCUCAUUUCAACUUUCUCUAUAAUGGUGCCUUUUGUCGACUGCUCUGCAGCCUCUCAAUAUCAUGAUUUGACGCCAGAAGAAGAAAUAGUAUGCAGUUCAACAGCUCAAUUUGAAGAUUUUGUGCUACAGUUUAUGGACAGAUGCUUCACGUUGAUUGAAAGCUUCGCCCUUGAGGCCACCCGUCUUGAUCGUAAAUCUGCUGAUAGACGAUCAAGGAUGGAAGCAGGUGUAGAGCAAGGUCUUGCAUCAACUUUUGGCUCAAUUUUGCACCAAACUUCUGAUGAAAUAUUUGCUGCUGCUCUCUCUAAAUUAAAAUCUUUCGUUACCAGUUCUAUACUAGAGGUGAAAGUUGCGGGUAAAUAUUUAGCAACACUCUGCCAUCUGUUUGCAUACAUUAGACCACAUGAAACUUUAGAAAGUUUACUACCGCACGUCUGUAAUAGUAUCAUACGAUUAACCGAGUCAGAUGAAACUUUGAAGGAGGAAACUCUGGAUGAUGAAUUGAUGUACUAUUUGUUGCUGCUUCCACAAAUAUCGUCCGUCAAAUGUGGUGCUCUCAUCAAGUACAAAGACUUGCUGAUAAAAGUUUUAGAUCGCACUCUGAAAUUGAAAUGUAGUGAUGGUUAUGGUUUUUCCUGUACUCUUCUGGUGAAUGUUUUGCAAGGGGCUAUAAAUAUUGGGCCCACGGAAUUUCGUUGCAUUAUCGAAGAUUUUAGAAGUAAACCGCUGUCAGAAUUUCUCCCUAUCAAACACUGGGGCAAAUCAACCAGCUAUCAAAGACUGAAAAUAAAUUGGAAUCGUCCUGGUAUAGAAGAGAAGAAUUUUGUCGAAUUCAUAACACAUAGAUAUCUGCCAACGGAGCUAGAAAGAUUGAAUCAAUUCAUUGAUGGCAAAAUUACUUUGGACAAAGAGGAACUGAAGCGGUGUUUGACGAUAGUAUUCUCGAUCAGCGUAGGAAAUCCUCUUCUUCCUUGUUGGAAAGAUGAAGAACCUUUGAACUUGAAAGAAUCAUGCUCUUCUCUCUCACCAUGGGAUGUGAAGACGGGGUUAUCAGGACUUGAGGUAACAAUGCCAAACGGUGAUAACGCGCUUAAGACGAUUGCAUCAACAGUUCUGCGAUUACAAGAUAAGCUCCUUGAUUCUUGCGAAGAUGACACGCAGUCUUUGUUCGUACUGAUUGGUAUUUAUGAUGUACUAUUGUUCGGCCUUUACCGAAUAAAAAAUGACAUUGACAAUCAUUUCCGAAUGUAUAUCACAAUAAAGAAGCAACUAGACAAUAGAUUAAGCAAAGGAAAAGGCCAUCUGAGGUAUUUGUUGAUCGAACGCGUUGCAUUUCAGCAUCGAUAUCGGCAAAUAUAUUCCUCACCGGUGUUCACUGAGACCCAUCAACGGAUCCUAUCAAAAUUAGUUACCUUAGCCACAAGCAGAUAUAGCCAGGUGCGAAUUAUGUCGCAGUCAAAAGUUUUCCAAACUUUAGAGUAUUACCAAUAUUCAUACUUGACAAUCAUUCCAGAGUUAAAACGACUGUUAUCCCUUGACCCUAACCAGUAUCACGAGCAGUUCAAGGGAUCGUUACAUCUUUUAUUAGGUGAUAAAACGGAUCGACCUCUAAUCGUGAAGUAUGACUGGGAGGUUUUAUUAGCUGUAUGGCCUACCAUUGUUCAAACCAUUCCAUCUGAGAAAUUAUCUGUGAUUCACCUCCUGGAGAGGUUGACUGAUGUUGUCCGUAAAAAUUUCCCUACGAUAGGAAUAACCCAAGAGAUUCCUGAUAGCUGUAUCGCUCCAGCUGCUCAACUUGUAACUGCUUCAAAGCCUCUACCUUCCAUCAAACUGCCGAGUGAAGAAGAAAUUAAAAUUGGAUCAAAGAAAUUGUCAGAACAAAACGAAAGGAACAAGAAAAAUUACUUCGCCCUUUUGCAUUCCUUAAAUGAACUAAUCAACACUAGAUCUUUGCAUUGGCGAUUCCACAGCAUGGCUUUAUCAUUCUUAAGGGACUUGGUGCAUCUUGAUGAAAACUAUCCGGCCGAAGUAGUAUCAACGUUUCUCAACAAUUUGAUACAUGAUCAGCUAGAUCUAAGAAAAAUAGCAAUAAGGUGUGUCAUUUUUGUCUUGCAACAACAAAAAAGAUCCCGAGUAAAAAUAACUGUGGAUCCUUACAAGAUUAGUGGUGUUGAAAAGCCCUCCAGUAGAGUAGUGCCUGGUAACCGUGAGGACAAUAAAUGGCUGACAUACUGCCCAGAAAACAUCCCGAAAAAUUCCGAAGAGUGGGACCAAUCACGUUAUGUGCAUAAACAUUAUUUUGGAUACUAUUCAUGGCCCACAGAAGUGAAAGUGAGCGCUCCCUACAAAGAUCAACCCCCUCUAGACAGAAAACCAGAAGACCUGAAUCCUUGCGAGAGAAAAAUUUUUGAAUUUUUCAAUGAUCCCAACUUUGUCGCAAAACUGGUAGAGUUCUUGUCAUUAGAAGAAAGGAAAGGCAAAGAUAAAUUUGAUGCCCUGAAAUUCUCCUUGUUCAAGGGUCUUUUCCGUAACUACGGUGACACUUUCCUGGAGCAUUUCAAACCUCAUAUCGAAAGGUUAGUGUCAGACAAGCAAGAGUCUAGUCAGCGUUGUGGAGCAGAAAUGAUUACAGGUUUGAUACGAGGCUCAAUACACUGGCCCUAUGAAAAAGUAGCUAACUUAUGGGUCUGGCUCAAACCAACACUGCGCACUGCUCUAUCAAACAUGACAGUGGAAACAGUCAACGACUGGGGAGUUUGUUUUGCUACUUCGUCUGAAAGCAGAGAUCCAAACAAACUCCAUUGGUUGAUAGAAUUAUUACUAGAAGAUCCUAUACCUGAAGAAGCAUCUUUCAUCAUUUGUGGCCGUCUAACGGCGUUACAAGGUGUGCUGAAUCAGCAGUCAUGGCGGGUCUGUCAUGCAUAUCACCAGCUAUUGGAAAUUGUGAAGAAAUAUCUCACUCACGAAUUUCAAAAUGUGCGAGAUAGAUUAGGAAGUGUAUUGAGCAACAUCUUUAGCACAGAUUUGCGGUUACAAGAUGAAAGUAACUCGAAUGCGCCUCAGAUAGAUCAAUUUUUAGCUGAAUUCAUUCCCCAAAUCGGAGUUCUCUCUUCUGUUGCUCUUCAAUCUGAUGCUGUGGUCAGUGAAGCGAUGGAUGUAGAUGAACCAGGAGAAGGUAGCUCUCAAAUCAAGGAAGAACCAAGAGCUGCAGAAAAUCAUGUGUUGGAUGAUAAACAGAAAGAUGCCAAACUUAGAUUGUUUAAAACUAUUUGCAAAGGGACUUUAUCCACGCUUUGUCUUGCGCCAUAUGGAAUUCGACCAAUCUAUAUGGAAUUAUUCCCUCUUCUUUGUCUCAUGGAAAACUAUGAAAAUGAUGAUGAGAUGAAGAAAGUCUGCAAAGCGCUGAUAGCAUUUCUGUCUCAAACCUGCCUUCCUGCUGAUUGUGUUCCUUCUGCCAUAAAUGCCAUCGAAAAGGUCUUUAAUAGUGGUUCCUGGUCAGCAAAACUGGUAUCUCUAGAUUUCACCCAAGUAUUUAUCUUUCACAACAUGGCCUUGAUCAUCAGUAAUCCAUUGUGGAUUAAGCAGGUGUCAGAGAUGGUAGAGAAAUUAUUAGAAAAUGAACGUGUGGAGGUGAGGGAAAAAGCCGGAGAGGUAUUGAGUGGUCUGCUGCAUUGUGGUUUUAUUUCAAACCCAACUGAUUUAUUGGCAAGAUUCAAGAAGGUUUGCAAAACAAGUUUACGGAAGAAAAGCAAUUUGUCCGUCAAAGCAGGCAACAACAUCGAUCAUAAUUUAAUUGCCAAGAAGCAUGCUGGAGUGUUGGGACUGUGUGCCUUCAUCCGAGCUAGUCCUUAUGAUAUCCCAGAACAUUUACCCGAAAUCAUAUUAUUAUUGGGUGAUCAUUUGUCAGACCCGCAACCUAUACCUGCAACAAUUCGUAAAACUCUAGGAGAUUUCAAACGAACUCAUCAUGACGACUGGGAUACCCAUAAAACAAAAUUCACAGAAGAGGAGCUUUUGAUCAUCAGUGACCUAGCAAUACCUCCAUCUUAUUUUGCUUGACAGUCCAGUCCUGUAUUCUUCAACACUGAGUUGUAUUUUUGGGUCUAAUGUGCAGCUAUGAAAUGAAGUGUUUCCAGUAUUUUUAUGAUCCUGCAGAUGUAUUCGGUUUCCGAUAAGAUAGGAUCAGUUUUGAUGUAGACACUAACUUCAUCUCUGUAAUAGGCAUGUCUCUUUGUGCUGGAACAAGAUUCUGUCAGUUGCUACCAGGAGUGCAAUACAUUAGACUUAAAUUUAUCAUAAUCUCACUCUAGAAAAUCAUGCCUUUCAACAGAUCUAUCUGUCAACUCAGAAAAUGUUCAUCAUUGAAGAAAAUAAGUAAAGAUUUUUCAAAGAUAAAGAAAAAAGGCGCUCAUCAAUUGAUGUAAUUAUUCUAAGUCCCACGUCCCACUCUUUCUGAGUAAACAUCCUUGGCCCCUCCCCUCUGUUGUUCUACCAUUUGCCUUCAACAGAAAUUUUUGCACUUUCGACAUCCAGUUUUUUAUUUUUAACUGUGUUUCAAAGUUGUGCACGAAUUUAAUUUUUUUUCUAUGCCUUAUUGAAAUGUACCCUCUGCGAGAAAAAUUAUUCUUCUGUAUUAACAGUCUCUUUUUUUUCUUUUUAAAAAAUAAUGAUAAGAGCUUUGAUGAUUUGAGUAUUGAUUCAAUAUUUUUUGCUGAGAUUUUAAAAAACUUACCAUAUAUUUUGACGAUAAAACUGGGUGAAAUUCGGUGGUAGGGUGUUAGAUGACUAGCUAUUCUAAUCCAUAAGGCUGAUCCAUUCUAUUUUUCAAUCUGUCACUCCUCAUCUUAUCUGAAUCCAGUCGCUGAAUGACUUGACACCCUCAGUUUUUUAUUUUCUCCUGAAUUCUCAGAAACAGCUAUUUCUUUCUGCGUCAUGUUCAGUAUUUUUACAAGCUUUUUCAAUGGUGUCCCAUUAUCAACUUGUAUCGGAAUUCGACUCAUACCUAUCUAAAUUCUUGUACCCUGUAAGUAGAUUAUUCAGCGUUGAUUUUUAACACAAGAAGUCUAUGUCUCUUGGAUUAAAGCAUAAUCAAGAAAAUAUAUUUGUUGACUUUAGAGUAAUCACCUAUAAAAUUAAUGAAAGCAAUCAAUCGCUAAUUUUAUUUAAAGCAAAUGUAAACAAUCCUGGUUCCAAAAAAAUAAAUUAUUGAAAGCAAUUAAUCACCACUUACGUUUUAAACAUAUUUUUUAGGCGAUUCAUCAUCCAAAGGAAUGAAUUUUAUUGCAAUUAAAGUAUCUGUUUUUGUAAAAUCAGUCAAGUGUUCUUUACAACUUUUUGCUCGAGGCUCUCUAAAGCCAUUUUCAAUUCAAAAUUUUCUUUUCUCUCUCAAUUUUAUAGAUUUCUAAAAAUAUUUUAUACUUCUCUCAAUUUACUUUUAAGAUACUAAUGUAAGACUUCUUCUAAGUUUCCGAUUAUUUGUGGUUCUUACUCGUCAAUUUAGUACGUAAUCAAAGCAUUGUUUUGUUAAUCUUAAACAAUUUUUAUUGUUUUCUUUUUAAUUUUUAUUGUUUCAAAUUGAAUAAAACCUGUGUUUGCAUCUGUUGCA